CUCUCCCUCAUUUAAAAGGCUGUACCAGAGCCGAGCGGCACAGUUGGGCUGCGGUUGCACGGCCAUGGCCUCCAUCGUGUGCCGGGUCCAGUACCUGGAGGACUCGGAUCCGUUUAUCUGCACAAACUUUCCCGAGCCUCGGAGACCUCCGACGGUCCCUCUGGAAGAGAACGUGCCGCUCAGCGAGCAGAUCGCCGGGAUACACAAGCUGCUGGAGGCGCCUCUGAAGCUGGAGGAGUGCACUCUUCAGCUGUCUCCUAAUGGAAACUAUCUGGACUUGGACUCGUCUCUGGCUGAGCAGAGAGACGAGCUGGAGAGCUUCUACGAAGACGUGACAAAAGGGAAGAAGCCCAUUCUGAUCCUGAGGACUCAGCUCUCCGUUCGUGUUCACUCCAUCCUGGAGAAGCUGUAUAACUCUCAGGGCCCAGAGCUCAGGCGCUCCCUCUUCUCUCUCAAACAGCUCUUCCAGGAUGAUAAAGACCUGGUUCCAGAGUUUGUGGCUUCUGAAGGUUUGACAUGUUUCAUUAAAGUUGGAGCAGAGGCUGACCACAACUACCAGAACUACAUCCUGAGAGCUCUCAGUCAGAUCAUGCUGUUUGUGGACGGGAUGAACGGGGUGAUAAACCACAAUGAGACGGUCCAGUGGCUCUACACUCUGACAGGAAGUCUGUCUCGCCUGGUGGUGAAGACGGCUCUGAAGCUGCUUAUCGUCUUUGUCGAAUAUUCAGAGUCCAACAGUCCUCUGCUCAUCAACGCUGUCAACACAGUGGACGGCAAGAGAGGUGUGAAGUCGUGGGGUUAUGUGAUGGAAGUCCUGGAGGAGAGAAACGGAUCUGACACUGAGCUCCUCAUGUUCGCCAUGACGCUCAUCAACAAGACUCUUGCAGUUCUGCCUGACCAGGAUUCGUUCUACGAUGUGACCGACAGUCUGGAGCAGCUGGGGAUGGAGACCAUCAUCCACAAGCACCUGAACAACAGGGGGACCGAGCCGGACCUCCGGGCCCAGUUCACCAUCUACGAGGCAGCUCUCAGGUUCGAGGACGGCGACAUGGACGACUCCGCCCCUCAUCUCCGUAAAGAUCGAAGAAAGACGGCCGUCGGCGAGCAGGAGGGACGGAAGAGCCGCCGCCCAUCCAGCCAAAACCUCCUGGACCUCCUGCCCUCCUCCGCGGGCUCCUCCCCUUCUGCCUCCCUCCCUCCCUCCAACACCAGCACCCCCGUCUCCUCCACCUCCUCCCCCAGCCCCACGCCCGUGUUCAGCAGCAGCAGGGCCUCGUCUCCGCUGACCUCUGACCCCUGCAGCCCUGCCUCCAGUCCAUCCAGAUCCCAGCAAGGCUCCCCCCUUCCCCCCCACAUGGCCCCCAACGGAACCAUGUCCACAGAGAAGGAACCGCAGACGCCGUCCAGCCCUAGGAGUCGCUCUUUCCUCAGCCACCAAAUGUCAGCUCUGGGUCUGAGCAGGAAGUCCAGGCUCUUCUCCAAAACCAGCUCCAUAUCCGAGGAGCCGUCAGCCGCCUGCAGUUCCUCAGACUUCACUCACCAGGACAAGUCGGAGCAGCCUGGCAACAAGCCGGACAAUAAAAGCAGUUUCAACUCAGGGGAGGCUGAGCCACUCCUCUGCCCAGAUGACUCUAAUGUACAUCUGGACAAGCCAGUUCUGAGGAAGUUUGAAGACACCUUCCUGCGCAGCCUGGCUGCCACACAGUGGGAAAAGAAGAGAAGGAGUAAACACCUCAGCCAGACGAAGCCAUCCUCCUCUGAUGAUGUCAUAUCCCCGAGCCUGCAGCCAUCAGCAGAGAGUGGCAGCAUCCCAGCUGAGGAGCCGUCAGCUCAGGUUUCGACUUCCAGCAGCUCGGACGCAAACGGACAUUCAGACUCCGCAGCAGCGGUGCAGCGGCAGUGCAGCACUCUGUCCAGCGACAGGAAGUUCCUUCUGGACAUGCUCUACUCCAAGACCUCGACCACGGUGCCUCUGAGCCCGACGGCCGCUGCUCCUGACACCACAGAGGAAGAAGGGAACUUCCUGCCCAGUGGAGACCUGGGCGGUCAGGGUCGUGUGUCGGAGCGUCUGUCCAGCUUCAGAGCGCGCUCAGCAGAGCCUUCUGGCCCCAGUGAGAGCAGCGCCUCCCGCAGGGCGGAGCUGGAGGGUCUGGAAGGCUCCGCCCAGGCAGCGCUGGCCCGACUGGCUGAAGAACAGCAGAGCCGUCACCUGCGGCAGCAGAACAGCAUCGACGUCGAGAGCCACGCCCGCCACCUGGAGACCACCCAGAUGACGCCGCUGGGUCCCGGGGCCCCCGCAGACGCCUGGGAGCAGCUGCAGCCGAGCGCCGCCUCCCUGCGGAUCAAAGACCUGGACUUCUCUGACCUGCUGGAUGAAGAGGACAUCGAUGUCCUGGACAUGGACACCUUCGACUGCACCUCCUCUUCCUCCUGCUUUUCAGGCCUCCCUCCUCCUCCUCCUCCACCUCCUCCAGGCCUCGCUGCUGCUCCUCCCCCUCCUCCUCCUCCUCCUCCUCCACCACCACCACCUCCUCCAGGCCUGGCUGCUGCUCCUCCUCCACCAGGAGGACUAGCCCCUCCCCCACCUCCUCCUCCUCCACCUGGUGCUGCUUCUCCUCCUUCUUGUCCUCCCUUGUCCUCUCAGAAGCAGAAGAAGAAGACAGUAAAGUUGUUCUGGAAGGAGCUGAAGCAGGCCGACGGGCCUCAGAAGUGCCGGUUCGGUAGGGGGACGGUGUGGGCGUCUCUGGACAAGGUGGUGGUGGACACCACCCGACUCGAGCACCUGUUCGAGUCUAAAGCCAAGGACCUGCCUGUCACCAAGAAAGGACCUGAGACAAAGAAGUCUGAGAUUCUGGUUCUGGACCCACAGAGGAGUAACGCCAUCAACAUCGGUAUGACCGUCCUGCCUGCGGUCCACGUCAUCAAGACCGCGAUCCUCAACUUCGACGAGUUCGCCAUCACCAAGGAGGGGAUCGAGAAGAUCCUGACCAUGACGCCCACAGAAGAGGAGAAGCAGAAGAUCCAGGAGGCGCAGCUGGCCAACCCUGAAGUUCCUCUGGGCACCGCUGAGCAAUUCCUGUUUAGCCUGUCCUCCAUCAGCGCCCUGACCCCCCGCCUGCAGCUCUGGGCCUUCAAACUCAACUAUGAGGCUCUGGAGAAGGAGAUCGCAGAGCCGCUGUUUGACCUGAAGCUGGGCAUGGAGCAACUGGCGUCCAAUCAGACCUUCAGGAGGAUCCUGGCAACGCUGCUCGCCAUCGGAAACUUCCUCAACAGCUCCAACGCUAAAGGCUUUGAGCUGGGUUACCUGGAGAAGGUGGCGGAGGUGAAGGACACGGUUCACCGUCAGUCUCUGCUGCACCACACCUGCAGCCUGGUGGUGGAAAAUUACCCAGAAUCCUCUGACGUCUACUCCGAGAUUCCCGCCAUCACUCGCUCUGCCAAGGUGGACUUUGAGCUGCUGUCGGAGAACCUGGUCCAGCUGGAGAGACGUUGCAAAGCAUCAUGGGACAACCUGAAAGUGGUGGCCAAACAUGAAACUAAAGCAGCCCUCAAGAACAAGAUGACAGACUUCCUGAAGGACAGCACGCAGAGGAUCAUCAUCCUGAAGGUGGUCCACAGGAGGGUCAUCAACCGGUUCCACUCCUUCCUGCUGUUCCUGGGUCAGCCGUCCUCCUCAGUCCGGGACAUUAAGGUCACCAGUUUCUGUCGGAUCAUCGGCGAGUUCGCUCUGGAGUACCGAACCACGAGAGAGCGAGUCCUCACCCUCAAACGGAAACGAGCCGCUCACAGGGAGAGAACCAAGACCAGAGGCAAGAUGAUCACUGAGACGGAGAAGUUUUCGGGGGCGGUGCCUCACCAGGACAGCCCCUCCCCCGUCUCCAUGGCAGCAGAGGCAGAUCCGGGUCAGGAGGAGGAGCAUGAGAACAUGAAGAACCUGCUGACCAGCAGCAACAGCAGCCUUAGCGCCGAGCAGAGAGGCCUGAGACGCUCCAGAGCCGUCCGCAGUCUCGGCAGGGUGAGUCCGUCCAUGUCUGUAGCCAAAGAGGACGGGACCAGCUGCCAGGAUGACGCCACAGAUGAGAUCAUGGAUCGACUAGUCAAGUCCGUUACCCAGAAUCCCCCAGACAGACCGUCCAGCCCUAAGACCCGCAAACGGUCUCGACUGAACAGGAAAUCACUGAGGAGGACUCUGAAGAGCGGCCUCAGUGUGGACAUGGUUCAGGCUCUGGGACUCAACAGCAAGACGGGAGACAAAGUCUGAGCAGAGACUCAAACUGUUUGGACAGUAGACAUUAUCGAUUAACCAGCAGAGAGACCCCGGUGGACAACAGGAGGACACGAGGACAGACUCUGGCUUCCUGUUGCUCUUCAUGUUCAGACGAGUGGACAUCAGGACGGUUUAAAAAGUGACAUCAUUUUCUGCUUCAUGUUGGUUCAGAUGAAAAUGUGGACAAACUGUGGUCUGAAGCAGAUCUUUGAAAUUUGAUCAGUUAAAAACCUUUCAGGAGGACUUUGACGCGUCGCGGCUGCUGAGCCGAGACGUCUUCAGCGUCCACGGGGCGGACGGCAGCUCCGGACGCCAAGCUCUCCGUUU